AUGUCUGCGGCACCAUCAGCGCCGCCGGAGCCAGAGGCAAUGUCUUCUCAUUUUGAUCAACGGCAAACGCCAGUCACUGGAGUCCCAGUCUCGAUAAAUGUUGCCGAUAAGCCCGUUUCGAAAAAGACUCCAGGGCGGUGGUCCACCGGUUUGUGUCAUUGCUUUCACGAUCUUAGCAGUUGUUGCUUAACAUGCUGGUGUCCAUGUGUAACAUUUGGUCGGAUUGCAGAAAUUGUGGACAGAGGAUCAACAUGUUGUUCGUGUCUGUAUUCGUGCUUCUAUAGGUCCAAAUUGAGGGGACAGUAUUUUUUGGACGAGAGCCCGUGCACUGAUUGCUGUGUUCAUUGUUGUUUUGAGACUUGUGCCUUGUGCCAAGAGUAUAGGGAGCUCAAGAACCAGGGUUUUGACAUGUCUAUAGGGUGGCAUGGGAAUAUGGAGAGGCAGAAACGAAAAGCAGCUGCAUUAGGUCCAUCUGUGCAACAAACUAUGCAGCGGUAG